AUGAUCAAUCCGGAAGGAUUUGAGUUAUUCGAGCAAGAUGUUAGUCAGGAAGAAUCUACCUCAAUGUCCACACAAGAGAAAAGCAACUGGCGACUGAUCAUUGUCACGGGUGUCGUAUCAUGUUUGAUUGCCGUCGAGAAUUCGGUACUUGGAAUGGGCGAGUGGCCGUAUAUGAAAGAAGUAAGAUACCCCAUGAUAGUAAGCCGUCUCAUCGCUCUCCUCGCCUGCGCCAUAUACCUCAGUGUGGAAUAUUUCACAUCUGACAAAAGAUAUGUGUUAAUGUCUGUUUAUGUGUUGAUAGGAAUCUCUAAUAGUGCCUGCACGAUCCUCCGUGGCUACAUCGUAAUGAUUUCCUCCUCUCAAGACCGACCUCGAGCGUUUGCAAUUAUUGGGUUAUCAGUGAUUACUGCAAUUGUAGUGGGACCUACCCUCCAACUAAUCUUCUCUGGAAUCGCCUACCCUGGUAUCGAAGUCUUCCCCGGCAUUCGUUUCCACGUCUACUCGGUCCCCAUUUGGUUUUCUCUAAUUCUCUCUGCGAUUACCACAGUCAUCAUAUGGGUUUACAUGACCGAUGUUCAUCGCGUCUCGAGUAAUGAUGACGAAGAAAGUUCAAAAUUUAUAUCGUUGAAAAAGUUGAGGGAAAACUAUGAGGGUUUGAAGAAUAGUAAUUUGAAAUGGAAACUGAUUGCGGUUUGUCUCACGGUGAAGAUUUCAGUGACGUUUUUGAGUGCAUUAUUGGGAUCUAUCAUGUCUAUAAUCUUCAUGGUUCAAUACGGCUGGACCGGUACAGAGACAGUGCGCUACGGAGCAACUUUAAUGAUUGCAUUCGGUGUUUUGUCCUGUUCAGUUUUGAUCCUUUACAUCUUUUGUCGUUUGGGAGAGAUCAUUCCUCAAACCUAUGUCUUCCUUGCCUGCACCAUCUGCGUCGGGUCCUACUUCAUUAUCACCUACCCAUUUGCCUUCACCAGUCAACCCUUGGCCCCUUACAACGAGACAACACACGCCGGGUGCAAUCCAUCGGAAUACUCCUGGUGUGACACUACAUUGGCUGUCGACCCGUUAUUCUUCCUGACCGCCACUGUCCUAAUAUUCGCGCCAUCUCUCCCAAUGAUGGGUACUGCUUUGGAUACAGUAUACUCAAAGGUGCUAGGUGAUAUUGAUCAGAAUAUUGCUCAAGGUUGUAUGACAAUAAUGGAUGACGUGAUUUUUAUGAUCACUCCAGUUUUGACAACAUCAAUUUUCGCCAUUUUCGGCGUCGGCCCCUUGUGGAUUAUGGAGGCGGCACUGUUCCUUGGGAUGGCUGCAUUGUGGACGUUUAAUUUGAAAGCGUUGAGAGAAGUCGAAUAA